GCUCUUCAGAAGAUCCGCCAGAAGAACACUAUGCGCCGUGAGGUGACAGUGGAGCUCAGCAGUCAGGGCUUCUGGAAGACAGGCAUCCGCUCCGACGUCUGUCAGCACGCCAUGAUGCUGCCAGUUCUCACACAUCAUAUCCGGUACCACCGGUGUCUCAUGCACCUGGAUAAGCUCAUCGGUUACGUCUUCAAGGAACGCUGCCUCCUUCAGCUGGCCAUGACUCACCCCAGUCACCACCUCAACUUCGGCAUGAAUCCCGACCAUGCCCGCAACUCGCUCUCCAACUGUGGCAUCCGCCAGCCGAAGUAUGGCGACAGGAAGGUCCAUCACAUGUACAUGAGGAAGAAGGGAAUCAACACAUUGAUUAACAUCAUGUCUCGUCUGGGGCAGGAUGACCCCUCCCCGUCCAGGAUCAAUCACAACGAGAGACUGGAGUUCCUGGGCGAUGCUGUUGUCGAGUUCCUCACCAGCGUCCACCUCUACUACCUGUUCCCCAGUUUAGAGGAGGGCGGCCUGGCCACAUACAGAACAGCCAUCGUGCAGAACCAGCACCUAGCCAUGCUAGCCAAGAAACUGGAGUUGGAUCGCUUCAUGCUCUACGCUCACGGACCGGAUCUGUGCCGGGAGUCGGACCUGCGACACGCCAUGGCCAACUGCUUCGAGGCUCUUAUCGGUGCCGUGUACUUGGAAGGAGGCUUGGACGAAGCUCGGCAGCUCUUUGGUCGACUACUUUUCAACAGCGAGGACCUACGGGAGGUCUGGCUCAACUACCCACCACACCCCCUGCAGGUCCAGGAGCCUCAGACAGACAGGCAGCUAAUCGAGACGUCUCCGGUCCUUCAGAAACUGACCAGCUUCGAGGACUCUAUCGGAGUCCUGUUCACACAUGUGCGUCUGCUGGCCAGAGCUUUCACCUUGAGGACUGUGGGCUUUAACCACCUCACCCUGGGCCACAACCAGAGGAUGGAGUUCCUGGGAGACUCGAUCAUGCAGCUGGUGGCCACAGAGUACCUGUUCAUCCACUUCCCUGAUCAUCACGAAGGACAUUUAACGCUGCUCCGCAGUUCGCUGGUGAACAACCGCACGCAGGCCAAAGUGGCGGAGGAGCUGGGCAUGCAGGAGUUCGCCAUCACCAACGACAAAACCAAACGACCGGUGGCGUUGCGGACCAAGACGCUGGCUGACUUGUUGGAAUCUUUUAUCGCCGCACUCUACAUAGAUAAAGAUCUGGAGUUCGUGCACACUUUCAUGAAUGUCUGCUUUUUCCCCCGACUGAAGGAGUUCAUUCUGAACCAGGACUGGAAUGACCCAAAGUCCCAGCUGCAGCAGUGCUGUUUGACCCUGAGGACAGAGGGCAAGGAGCCCGAUAUCCCGCUGUACAAGACCCUGCAGACAGUGGGGCCCUCACACGCCCGCACCUACACCGUUGCAGUGUAUUUCAAAGGGGAGCGAAUCGGCUGUGGCAAAGGCCCAAGCAUCCAACAGGCGGAAAUGGGAGCUGCGAUGGAUGCACUCGAAAAAUGUGAGUUGUUUG